AUGAGCAUGAGCUUGUCGUUAUUGGAAGAGGAGGAAGAGCAGUGCGAGUGUGAUUCUAUCGGGAGCGGAUUACCGGGAACAUCUGGUUAUCGGUUGAAGUUCACGAGCGCACAUGGCGCGGAGGUGUCGCCAUGGCACCAGCUGCCUCUCCCAGCAUCCGUCCCCGUUCCCCCACCUCCCUCUCCGUCCGCCAGCGAUCUCGAUGCGCCAUGCUUUGCGCAACGGCCUGGCCGCGUUUCGCCGUCGUCCAUAUCACACUGUGGGUCGGGCAGGGAGCACGCAAAUUUCGCGGAGCUCCUUGCGCCGUCGCCGCGUCGAUCCGCGUGCCCCGCGCCGCUUCGCUUCGUCUGUCAGACGCCCCGCGGCUCCGUCGUCGCCUUCGACGUCGCCGUGGACGAGCCUGCCACGCCCCUCCGCUUGCGACGCGCCCCGACCGCCGCUGCCGCCGCUCCCAGAAGCACGGGUACCUCCCGUUCCGCCGGCAGCCGAUCCCCCAGUUCCUCCCCUCCGCGCCUUGCGCGCCCUCUAGCCCUCGCCGCGCCCUGCAGUUGCGGGUUCCUCCCGCAGACGUGCGCGCUGGAGCUUCCGCGCGCGCUGCUGUCCGUGGAGAGGGGAGGGUUGGCAGAGAAGGUGGAUGGCGCGGAGGCAGGAGCGAUGCCGAUGAUGGCGGUGGAAAUAGGGUUGAGUGAGACGUGGACGGGGGAUGUGCGACGCGUCAUUCCCCUCGCCGCCAUGACGGUAUGCGUUCCGGGAUCUCGGGGCAACGGCAACGCCACCGAGGUCGCCGGCGAGAUCGCCGUCGCUUCUGACGCCGCGUUGUCCGGGGAAUCGGAGGCGCAUGAAAACCGCGGCAUGGUCGCGAGUCGCGAUAGUACUGACGGGACCUACGGCCGCAUGAUGUGGGUGGUUGUGACAAUAGCGACGGACGAUCCUGAAGCGGGGGACGUGUGGCGGUUCAUGCGGAAAGCGAGCGAGGCGACGAUCGAGGGGAUUGUGUCGGGUGUGCGGCGGUGGUUGGAAGACGUGUACCUGCAGACGCACAUGCCACCGCAAGGUGCUGACACAGCCUCCUUCCAGCCAUCAACCGGGAUCAUACUGCCAGUGAAGCUCACCUCUCGACUGCUCAUGAAAGCGCACGAAGCGUGGAAGAAAGCGCUGCCGUCCCUCCUCCUGUACCAACCGGAGCCACUACAGCAGCAGCGCCAGCAGCAGUUGCCACCACUGGAGCUGCAGCGUUCUGCAUGCAUCCCUAGCUCCAAGCAGCAGCACCAGUCUAAGCCCAUACCUGCAGUUCCCGUGGCGGGUGCCCCACCGAAACAGCAGCAGGCAUAUUUUACUCGCCCACCCAGAAGUUCUCCCUCCGCUGCUUCUCCCAAGCCUCCCAGGCAUCGUGGUCACGUGUCACCACCAGGCAAGGGGUCUCCCAAGCAGAACACGCCUGCCAGAAGGCAAGAGAGCCUACCGAGUCUGUUCUUGUUCGAACCGGAUAAUGUUGUUCCGGCGGAUCGUCCUUUUGGAUUGUGCUUGUCGGAAGAUGCAUUGGUGCCUUCUGCUGGGAGCCAUGGAGGUCAGGAUGAGGGUGGUGUUGAUCUGUUUCAGUCAGCGCUGUCAGUGUCUCCUGGGUUGCACAGCAGGCGGAGCAGCAGCAGUGGCAGCAGCGCGUUUGGGAGCUUUGAUGGGGAGGAGUGUCUGUCCAGUGCAGGCAGCUUGGAUCUCGACGGAGGGAUUGCCGAUGUUCUGAAAUGGAGACAUGCAUCGAAGAAAAGGCUCAGUCCAAGACGGUCACGGCAUGGUGAAGGGGCUGUGCGCACCGGUGUGGAGGGAGGGCAGCAACACCAUUCGAACAGUAACUCAGCGUGUGGUCUUCCGGAAAACUUGCUAGAAGCUGAGCCAAUUCUAUUCCUCCGUGAGACUUCAAUGUCCCGCAGUAGCUCAAACGCUCGCAGGCGAACUGUGCGGUUUGAUGAGGUGGUGGAGGUGCAUGUGUUUGACAGCUUUGAAGAGGACAAGUGCAGCUACAGUAGAACGCUUACUUUCAUUAAACGACAGCUGACCGCGCGAGCAGCAGUGCGCGGAUGCGGAGCCAGCGGAUGCGCGGAUGUUGAAGCAGCGGACGCGCGGACGGCGAUGGAGAUAGGGGCGCCCUUCGACGUGAAGCACGUGGUCCACGUCACCUUCGACCGUUACAAGGGCUUCAUCGGCCUACCAGAUGAACUUCUCGCCCAUGUCGACGCCGUUCCGCCUAGCGCCAGUUUGUCGGUGUUCGGCGUGCGGCCCGUGGCGAUGCACUACUCGGUGGACGCGCACGGCACGAGCGUGCCGUCCAUUCUGCUGCUGCUGCAGUCGCGACUCUACCAGCUCCACGGCCUCUCUGUGGAGGGAAUUUUCCGCAUUGCGGCGCAGAUGGAGGACGAGGACGGCGUGCGGUCGCAGCUGAGCUCGGGCGUGCUUCCGCCCAACCUCGACGUUCACAGCCUCGCCGGACUCAUCAAGGCGUGGUUCCGCGAGCUACCAGAGGGGCUAUUAGAUCUGUUCACGCCGAACCAGGUGGCGGGGGCGACGGAGGAGGCGGCGGCGACCGCGCUGGCGGAGACGCUACCGGCCAUCCACCGCGAGUUGUUAGACUGGGUGAUUAAUCUCAUGGCGGACGUGGUGGAGCACGAGGCGGAGAACAAGAUGAACGCGCGGAAUAUCGCGCUCGUCUUUGCGCCCAACAUGACCCAGGUGAUCGACCCCAUGAUAGGGCUACAGCACGCUGUGCGGGUAAUGGAGUUCCUGAGAGCGCUGGUGGAGAAGCGGAGGAACGAGCGGGCGGCCAUGGGCGGGUCUUUGCCAGAGCUCACACGAGCAGGCGCGGACUCGACAGGGGCGGAGGGGGCAGGGGGUCAGGGCGGGUGA